AUGCAAAGUUGCCAACGCUGUAAAGAUGCUUUGCAAACUCAAGGCUAUGGCUACCGCUGCGAUCAGAGGACUCUCUCAGCUCAAGAAGGACCACAAAAAGUAGACUGGAGAGGAGUCGAAACUGCUGAUACGAAGAAGAAGAAUGGCGAGGAUAAUUACAAGUGUUCACGAGGUCGCUUAACCUUAGCUGUUGAAAAAGAUAAAUCACCAACCUUGAACUAA